AUGGCAGAGCUUCACAUUCCUGUCCGAAUUAACCACCUCUCCUGUCGGAUCUGCGGGAAACUCUUCGAGAAUCCUGCAACCAUCCUUUGUGGACACAACUUCUGCAUGGGCUGUAUCAAGGGCCACUGGGGCGAGGGGCAGAGGGACCUCAGCUGCCCAGAAUGUGGAAAGAUCUUUCCCUCCAGACCCAAUUUGAUCAAGAACACAACUCUGACUGAUAUGCUGAGAGACACAAAGAGGAGUUCGAGCAGGAAAAGAAAAUCGCAAGAAUCAGCUGAGUCCCUGAGAGACCAGAGAACAGCAGACACACCAGGGAAAGACAAGCACAAUGGACACAUCAGUGGUUUGGUGAAGGACGAGCCGAGAAGGAAACAGGUUGAUAUAAGACGAUUCUUAUGGGUAAAGGACAGUUUGGAUACCCAGCCGGAUCAAAGAGCGGAGGAGAAUGACGGAGCUAAUGUGGUGAAGGUUGCUACCCUUAUAAGUCCAUAA